AUGAAAGGAAACAAGAAAGUCUCUGGAGUCAAUUUGCUACACAAUGUAGGAUCAUCCAUAUCAUUUCCCUCAAGCACCGAAGUCCUAACUGCUUCCAGGUACACCACAUCAUACGCCUUCUUCGAGGCACUAUGGGAACUCGGGGUGAGGAAUUGCUUCGUGAACCUAGGCUCCGACCAUCCCAGCAUCAUGGAAGCCAUGGCCAAGGGCGUCCUCGAGCGACCAGACACUUUCCCGCGCAUCCUGACUUGUCCAAACGAGAUGGUCGCCCUGUCCAUGGCUGAUGGAUACGCACGGGUCACGAACAAGCCGCAGUGCGUGAUAAUCCAUGUCGAUGUGGGCACGUCUGGACUCGGUGCUGCCAUUCAUAAUGCGGCGACGGGGAGAGCACCUGUUCUGAUCUUUGCUGGGCUCUCGCCGUUUACCCUUGAUGGGGAGAUGCGUGGGUCAAGGACCGAGUAUAUUCACUGGCUGCAAGAUGUCCCAGACCAGAAACAAAUCGUUGCGCAGUACUGCCGAUAUGCAGGCGAAAUCCGCACAGGCAAGAACGUCAAGCAGAUGGUUGGCCGCGCGCUGCAGUUCGCUACCACCGAUCCCAAGGGACCAGUGUAUCUGAUGGGCGCGAGGGAAGUCAUGGAAGAGAACAUUGAGCCUACUACUUUGAACCCCGAGCACUGGGGCCCCUGCGGUGCGUCCGCGUUGCCAGCUCUUGAUGUCCAGCUGCUCGCAGAGGAGCUCGUCCACGCAAAGCAACCGCUUGUUAUAACAGGGUACAGCGGCCGGAACCACAAUUCUGUGGCGGCCCUUGUCGAUCUAGCUAAUACCGUCAAGGGUCUGCAAGUGCUGGAUACUGGGGGCUGCGAUAUGUGCUUUCCAGCGGACCAUCGCAGCUGGCUUGGAAUGGCAUACGGAUCGCACCCUGCAAUCCAAACGGCAGAUGUUAUUAUCAUCGUCGACUGCGACGUGCCCUGGAUUCCUACGCAGUGUCGGCCACACGAAUCGGCACGCAUCUUCCAUAUCGAUGUUGACCCAUUGAAGAGACUCAUGCCCCUUGCUUAUGUCCCUGCAUUGCGACGAUAUACCGCCGAUUCGCACACCUCCCUCAGCCAGAUCAUAUCGUACAUUCAACGCUCGACUAUACUCCAGGCAGAACUCAUCUCCCCAGACUUCACAGCGAGAUGGGACACACUGCAAGCCCACUACUUGCAGCACAUCGCCAACCUCGACCGCCAAUGCACCCCAGGCCCAAACAACACCUUCAACACCUCCUACCUCUGCCAGCAACUCAAGCACCUUCUCCCCUCUGACACAAUCUUCGCCGUAGAAGCCGUGACCAACUCCAUCCUAGUGUCAGACCAAAUUCGCGCAACACACCCAGGGCAAUGGAUCAACUGUGGCGGCGGCGGACUCGGCUGGAGCGGCGGUGGAGCCCUAGGUAUCAAGCUGGCCGCGGAUGCAAUGAGCGAUGCACAGGGGGAUUCGAAGAAGAAGAUGGUCGUCCAGAUCGUCGGCGACGGGACAUUUCUUUUCAGCGUGCCGUCUAGCGUGUACUGGAUCUCGCACCGGUACCAGAUUCCCAUUCUGACCAUCGUCCUGAACAAUAAAGGCUGGAACGCACCCCGUCGAUCCAUGCUCCUCGUCCAUCCGCACGGAAUCGGCUCAACGCUCAACAACCGUGAGCUGAAUAUCUCCUUUGAGCCCAGUCCAGACUACUCGGGGAUUGCGCGGGCAGCCAGUGAUGGUAAUAUCCAUGCCGCUCGAGUGCAAGAGGCGGACAAAUUGGAGGCCGUUCUUAAGGAGGCUAUUGGAAUUGUUCAGGGCGGGACUUCGGCUGUUGUCGAUGCGUUUGUACAGUGA